AUGGCUUCCAAACCUAAGAAGCACAGAUCUAUGGGCGAUGACGAGUGGAUGUCCCGCCUGCGUAGGUUCGCUGCCUCGGGCGUCUGGCCCUCUGAGGCAGGAAACAGGCCGGCACCACGCCAGAAAAAGUGGCAUGAUCUGUAUCAGAAGAUUGAGAAAUGUCCGAUGCAGCAGAGGGGACAGGCGUCUCUGUUUGGAGGGACUCGGGCCUGUAACUGCGGUUUCCAUACAAACAAGCCUUCCAGCUCUGUCCCUGUGUCCUCUUUGGGGACACCUCAACCAGGCUCCUCAUCUGCGUGUUCCUCGUCAGCUGCCGUAAAACCUGGGCAGAUGCCUCAAAAGCCGAGUUUGACUUUGUCAUCAACCGCUGAUGUAUCCAGCCCCAUCAUAAGCCCCACAAAAAGCAGAGUGUCACCACCUGACCGCAGUCCCAAGACGUUUCUGCAGACCGUUUCUCCUCUGUCUCUUCCUCCCUCUCCUGUUCCUGUAUCAAGCCCAGCGUCUUCCAUUCUGCCCUCCACUGCUACAGCUGAAGUGCUAUCUGCCACCUCCUCCUGUGUCUCCUCUGGAACCCCCUCUGCUCCUCUCACCUCGCCAUUGCCUAAGAAUGUGGGGAUCCCACCUGUUUCAGACACUGCCUGGCUGCCCACAAAGCUGCUGAAGACCAUACCGCCUCAAGACCAGAAGUGGAUUUCAGCAGCCCUGUGGAAAAACCAGCGUCUGCGCACAGACCUGAAACUGUGGUAUGAUCCACCAGAGCCAUCCCUCAUAUACCAUCAGGUCCCCGCUCCUGAGCACUUUUUCCAACACCGGCUUCUUUUAUGGAUGCCAUACCACCUGUGGAAGGUCAAGCUGUCCUGUCCUGCUUGUGGUACACAGCUCACAAGCUAUGGAGCUCACAAGAGAGCCCGCCAUAUUCUGGAUGUGGACAGGUAUUACCUUAUGAUCACGGAGACUCUCUGGUGCAGUUCAGCUGGUUGCAAGACAACAUAUCUUUCCUCCAGCAAGACAAUCUUGGACCAGCUGGACUUGGCUCACAGGCUGGAGUUCAGAUUGAUUCUGACUCGAAAAUUCGCUUGUGAUGUGCGGGUGAUCCGUUUCCUGAGGGAGAGGGCACUUGGAAACAGUCCCACCCGCUUGGUAAGACAGCUGAAGGAGAACCACAGUGAGGAAUGGCUAAAGCGUCUCUGCCGGUACCUUGGAGCGUGCUCUGACUUUGCUGCCAGGCCAAGCCUUAUCCCUGUCAGAUUCCAGGAUCCUCUUGAGCCUGUGGAUGUUCCAUCACACAGAUGGAUGCUGGCUGUUUAUGGGCGUGACAUUUUGAGCAGGCUGGACCACAUCAAAGCCAGCAUAACGUCCACCUUUGGCAGCAUCCUAAAAAUGGACUCCACAAAGAAGAUCACCAAGAAGCUCUCAGGCACUGCUAAGGGGACAGCCUUGUGGCUUACAUCUGUAAGCAAUGAGAGAGGGCAAAUCCUCAUCAGUGUCCUGUCUGCUCAGGAGGGUCCUGCCCUGGACGGAAUGGCAGCUGGCCUCAUGUCUAGGUACAGUAAUGCCAGUGUGGCUCCACCUCAGCUGCUUUACGUCGACUGUGACUGUUGUCGGGAGGGCAGAGGGCAGACAAAGCUCAAGGAGAGAUUUGGUGGGUGGCCAGACUUGAUAGUCAAGCUGGACAUCUACCAUUUCAUGCGGCGGCUGGCAUCUGGGUGCACAAAGGAUGCUCAUCCUCUGUACCCUGUCUUUAUGGCAAAGUUGUCAAGCUGCAUCUUUGAGUGGGACAGAGGAGAUGUUGCCUUGCUGCGUCAGGCCAAGCGGGAGCAGCUGAGACAGGAAGGUGUCCCUGGCAUCACUGAUGCUCUCGUCGAUCAGAACAUCACCAAAGACGAGCUGGCACUGCACUGCCGGAGCUGCUCAAUGAACUGA